ACCCUUCCACCUACUAGGGCGAACUAGAACGAGCGAUAGAGGGAUCAGCGAUGGCCGUCUCGGCGGCGCGGCAGCGGCGACCACCGGCGACGGAUCGGGACGCCCCGUCAUCGUCGUCGGAUCGGUACUCGAAGGAGGACAAGGGGGAGAAGAAAGAAGAGCGGGUGGGGGUGGGGUGGCUGCUGCCGGCGCUUGCUUUGGGUUUGCUCCGACACAUGAGCGCCACCUCCAACAUCAUCCACGACUGCGAUGAGGUCUUCAAUUACUGGGAGCCCCUCCAUUACCUCCUCUACAAGUCGGGAUUCCAGACCUGGGAGUAUAGCUCUGAGUUUGCUUUGCGGUCAUAUUUAUACAUCUUUUUCCAUGCUUUGGUGGCUGGACCAGCUUCUUUGAUCUACAGUGAGGAGAAGGUUCGAGUCUUUUAUUCAGUAAGGCUUUUUCUUGGUCUUGUCUCGACUUUCACAGAUACAGUUCUGGUGGUUGCCCUUUCAAGAAAAUAUGGGAAAAGGCUUGCAUGGUAUACACUCGCAAUGCUGUGCCUAACCAGUGGUUGUUUCUUUGCAAGUACAAGUUUUCUACCUAGUAGCUUCUCUAUGUAUGCUGUUACUCUUUCAUCAGCUCUCUUCCUUCUUCAGAAGUAUGCUAUGGCUGUAUCUGUUGCUGCUGCUGGAGUGAUCAUCGGCUGGCCUUUCUCUAUUCUAGUUUUUCUUCCAAUCACAUUCUAUUCAUUGAGUAGGGGAGGAUUCAAAAAAGUAUUUUUAUCCGGGAUUUUAACCUCUGUGCUUAUUCUUGCUUUCUCAUUGCUUGCUGACUAUUACUGCUACGCAAGAUGGACAUCUUCAGUAUUCAACCUGGUGCAGUAUAAUGUGUCAGGAGGUGGUCAGAGCCACUUAUAUGGAACUGAAGGACCCUUGUUUUAUUUUAGGAAUGGAUUUAACAACUUUAAUUUCUGCUUCAUUCUUGCUUUACUUUUCUUGGCGAUUUUACCUAUUGCGAGGAAGAAAUAUGCCCCGGAUUUGCUCAUUGUGGUCUCUCCCAUGUAUAUUUGGUUGGCUUUUAUGUCAUUGCAGGCUCAUAAAGAAGAAAGGUUUCUCUAUCCAAUCUAUCCACUUAUAUGCAUUGCAGCAACAGCUGUCAUUGAUAGUUUUCCUGAUCUUUUCCGUGACAAGUAUGCAGUUGAAGACACACUGAUUGUUCAGAUUGCAAAAGGACUUAGACCCAUCUUUCUUGGCCUUAUAUUGUGUGCCUCACAUAGCCGCACAUUCUCAAUUCUUAAUGGGUACUCUGCGCCUUUGGAAAUUUAUAAACACUUGGAACAUCAUGGUGAUGCUGGAACUGGCUCUGUGCUUUGUGUCGGAAGUGAGUGGCACCGUUUUCCUUCCUCGUUUUUCGUACCAUCAUAUGUUAGCGAAGUUCGAUGGGUGGAUGAUGGAUUCAGGGGCCUUCUUCCAUUUCCUUUCAAUUCUAGUUUUGGAGGGAUGGGAGCUGCCCCACCUUAUUUCAACGACAAGAACAAGGCUUCCGGUGAUCAAUACGUGAAGGACACUGAAGUCUGUACCUUCUUUGUGGAGCUAGAUCUGAAGCGACCAUUUCCUGCUCGAGGAACUGACUUGUCAACUUGGGAGACACUAGCGGCCAUACCUUUCCUGGACAGAGAGCUGUCGCCUGCCACAUACCGAUCAUUCUUCAUCCCCUAUAAAUGGCAAGAAAAGAAUGUAUUUGGCUUGUAUAAGUUGCUAAAGAAAAUACCCAAGAGUGGCCAAGCACAUACUUGAUUUAGGCGCUUGAUGGGUGCCACUCUCCGCGAGAUCUUCGUUUGAACUUUCAGAGUUCAUUUUACCCCGCAAAAUUCUUAGCUCCAUGAUGCUUCAGUAACGCAGUUUUAGGCAGAAAAGACUGUGUAUCUUUGCUCGUCUUUAUCCUAUUGUCGCUCGGUUAGGGACUUUUUGUUUGUCUAGUACGGUCUUUGUUGUGUGUGCUAAUUAAUAUGAUAGUGUGGGAAAGUGAAUCGAGCCAAGUUUUCUGUGGUGGACA